AUGCCGCCCCCAACAUUCCAGCGCUACAACGCGCAGGCUCGUGGGUCCGGCCCCGGCGGCCGCAGCCACAAGAAGGGAAAGAGAAAGGCUCCCCAAGAAGAGGAGGAGGCCGCGCCGCUCCAGCCUCACCAUGAGGCCGGCAUGUCGUCCAAGAAGCGCAAGCGUAUCGACUCGUAUAUUGCCAAGAAGCUCCAGAUUGAGCGCCGCGACGACACCCUCAAGACGCUUGCCGCCCUGCAGAACAACAAGCAGGCAUCGUUGGCAACCGUAUCCACAGCCAGCCUCGGACAGAACCCCCUCAAGCCCAGCACCGCUCUCGAGAGGGCAGAGCGUAUUGAGGACCGCGCAGUGAGGCGUGGUAUUGAGAUCCUCCAGAAGCGCCACGGCGACCUGGCCGAAAGCGACUCAGACUCAGACGAUGGCGGCAGGACCAAGGGCCGACCCCGCGAGGUCGAGGUCGUCACCACGGCGCAGGAGGAUGCGGAAGCGAUCGACACCACCGUCCUCGAGACCAAGGCGGAGCGCAAGGCUCGCGAGAAGGCUGCUGCUAGGGGCCAGUCGGGACGGCUGCAGAUGCCCAAGAGGGCCGACUGGAACCCGAAGCUGAAGGCCAAGACGGAGGCCGAGUCGUCCGACUUUGACUCUUCCGAUGACGGCAACGAUAGUCCUUCUGAGAGCGAGGCUGAGGCUGAGCCCAAGAGCAAGUCUCCGGAGCCCGAGGCGGAGACGCCCAAGGCUCCCGCCACUGUCGGUAGUGCGUUGAAGGCACCAGCCGUUGGCGGCGCUCUGAAGAGCUCUGUUGGAAGCGCCCUCAAGCCCACUGUCGGCAGUGCCAUCAAGGCAUCUAUUGGCAGCGCCCUCAAGCCUCUAUCCGUCGGCAGCGCUCUCAAGUCAUCCGACGGUGCUGCUUUCCAACCCCGUGUCGUUGUCCGCGGUCCCAAGAAAUUUGCCCCCGCGCGCAGGAGGGCUGAGGAGGAGGAAGAGAGCAGCAGCGAGGAGGAUAGCGAUGAGGAGAGCGACGAGAGCGAGGAGGGAGAUGAUGAGAGCGGUUCUGGGGACGAUGAUGAGGAGAGCGGUGACGACGAGGACGACGAUGAGAGUGAUGAGGCAGAGGAGAAGAAGCCAUCAAAGGGCUUCAAGGCGUGGGCUCAGCAGCAGAUGGGCACCUUUGAGGAAAAGGCCCUUAUGCCUGACCUCCUGGCCACUGCACCCGCCGACGGCACUGUCCGUCCCAAAAAGGUGUCGCAGCCUCUUCCCAAGACUGGCGAGUUUGUCGGCCCCAUGGGCGCUACCCUCGUCAUUCCCGACACUUCGCUCCUCACCGGUGAGCCUGGCUCCACCAAGAGGCCCAAGGUCGCCCGUCGCCCGUCCGUCGUCGAGUCACGCAUGGGUCUUCCCAUCCUCGCUGAAGAGCAGGGCAUUGUCGAGUCCAUUCUCAUGAACCCUGUUGUGGUCAUUUGUGGUGAGACGGGUUCGGGUAAGACCACCCAGGUCCCGCAGAUGCUCUACGAGGCCGGCUUUGGCUUCAAGGGGUCCAACAACCCGGGCAUGAUUGCUGUGACUCAGCCUCGUCGUGUUGCCGCUGUCUCGCUCGCCGAGCGUGUCCGCGACGAGCUCGGUCUUGACAAGCGCUCGGGUGUGGUUGCGCACCAGAUCCGUUACAGCUCCACCACCGCCCCCGACACCGCCAUCAAGUUUAUGACCGACGGUGUGCUUCUCCGUGAGCUUGCCACCGACUUCCUCCUGUCGCGCUAUUCGGUCGUGGUCGUCGACGAAGCACACGAGCGUGGUGUCAACACGGACGUGCUCAUCGGUGUCCUCUCGCGCGUGGCUCGUCUCCGUGAGAAGCGCUGGCGCGAGUCCAAGGACGACAAGGACAGGCUCAGCCCGCUCCGUAUCGUCAUCAUGUCGGCCACCCUCCGCGUUGCCGACUUUGCUGAGAACGCUGCUCUCUUCCCCACUCCUCCCCCCGUCAUUCACAUUGGUGCGCGUCAGCACCCUGUGACCAUGCACUUCUCUCGCCGUACCACCUCGGACUAUGUGGGCGAGGCGUUCAACAAGGUGUGCAAGAUCCACGCCCGUCUGCCUGCUGGAGCCAUCCUUGUCUUCCUCACUGGACAGAGCGAGAUUAUGGGCCUGUGCCGACGCCUGGAAAAGAAGUAUGGCAAGAACAAGGACGCAAAGGGCGCUAAGAAGGAGGUUGCUCCCCGCCCAGCCAACGACGGCAUGCUCGCCCCCGAGGUGCUCGAGGCCGAGGAUGUCGAUCUCGGUGGCGACAAUGACCUCGCCGCCGAUGUCGACGACGGCGUGGCAGAGGAAGACCCCGAGGCCCUGGACACCGACGACGACGAGCCCGAGCUUCUCCUCGAGGAGACUGAUGCCCCCGUCACCGUCCUUCCCCUCUACUCGCUCCUGCCGCAGGACCAGCAGAUGCAAGUCUUCAACCCGCCUCCCGAGGGCCACCGCCUGAUCAUUGUGUCGACCAACGUUGCCGAGACGUCGCUCACCAUCCCCGGUGUGCGCUACGUCGUCGACUGUGGUCGUUCCAAGGAGAGGCAGUACGACGCAGCCUCGGGCGUCCAGACCUUUGCGGUCUCUUGGAUCUCCAAGGCCUCUGCCGCCCAGCGUGCUGGUCGUGCCGGUCGUACUGGUCCCGGCCACUGCUACCGCCUCUACUCGUCUGCCCUUUUCGAGGACCACAUGUCGGCCUUCUCCCAGCCCGAGAUCCUGCGCAUGCCCAUCGAGGGUGUCGUCCUCAACAUGAAGGCCAUGAACAUUGACGCCGUGACCAACUUCCCCUUCCCAACUCCACCCGACAGGCAGGCGCUCAAGCGUGCCGAGUCGCUCCUGCAGCACCUGGGCGCGCUGGACAAGCCAGCCGCCACCCGUAUGGUGGCAGGUAUCACCAAAUCUGGCGUUGCCGGUGGUCGCAUCACCGACCUCGGACGCGCAAUGGCAUCGUUCCCCGUCUCCCCGCGUUUCGCCAAGAUGCUCGUUGUGGGAGGGCAGCACGACUGCCUCGCGUACGUCAUUGCCAUCGUUGCCGGCCUGAGUGUCGGCGACCCCUUCAUUCACGAGAACGCUCUCGAUAACGGCGAAGAGGAGGACGAGGACGCCGACGAACUGGAUCCCGAGCGCGCGGCCGAGAUUGCCAACAUCCGCAGCGAGGAGCUCCGUGCCAAGGAGCGCCGCAAGGACAUUCGCGGCAAGUUCUUCAAGCGCCAGUCGGCGUUCAACGGCAAGGGCGAGAGCGACAUGUUCAAGCUGCUCACGGCGAUCGGCGCGUACGAGCACAACCCGACUGGCACGUUCUGCAACGAGUACUUCCUCCGCCUCAAGGCCAUGCAGGAGAUCCAGCAACUGCGGUCGCAGAUCUCCAACAUUUCCAAGGUCACCAUGAAGCGCAUGGAGCCUCCCAACGACAAGCAGCGUAAGAUUAUCCGCCAGAUCUUGACUGCCGGCUUCAUCGACCAGGUCGCCGUCCUCGAAUCCCUUGUGAACAAGAAGGGCUCGUCCUCGCACGCGUCCACCCGUGGCAUUCCGUACCGCGCCAUUGGCGUGCCCGAGCCCGUGUACAUCCACCCGUCGUCGGCGCUGUUCCACGGCGCCCCGCCAGAGUUUAUGGUGUUUACCGAGGUGGUGCGCACGUCCAAGGUGUACGUCAAGAGCGUCACCAAGAUCCAGCCCACAUGGCUCGCCGUGCUCGGCAAGGACGUGUGCACGUUCUCUCGCCCCGUCGAGACGCCGGGCAUGAAGGCCAAGCUCAACGCGACGGGCAACGAGCGCGAGGUGAUCGUAGUGCCCCAUUUCGCCGACUUGGGCGUCGACCUACCGCCUAUCAAGCGCAAGCAGAGGCGCGACGGUACACGCUGGAUCACGCUGGAGGAGUAG